UUAUGACAUACUAUGUCCAAAAUAUGUCACUGUUAUUUGUCACACAAGCGCAGUUGUUUACGUUUCCAUUUUUUUAAAUCGUCUUUGUUCUGUUCGUCACCUAAAUUUUCAUGUAUGCGUUGUGUUCAACACCGGAACGGUAGCCGGGUUGCCAAAGUUUAGGCUACAGUUGCAAAUUUUAGUAAAUGCUUUAACAGAUUGUUAUACUGGAUCGUCCCUAAGUUGGGCGGCGCAUGCUGCUGCAGCUGGCGCUGGCUGCGCUCGCGGCGCUGAGCGUGGCGCCCUGCGUGCUGCAGCGGCUCUGCCCCUCGCGUCCGCCGCGCCCGCCCUCCUCCGUCUGCAUGCACCGCGUGCCCACCAAGGUCAUUUCAAAGUGUCAGAAAAAUAUAUAACGCGGCCGCGAGCGCACCUCGCAUGCGGUCAGUGCAGCAUCAUACAGCAGGUGGCACUCGAGUCGCAGGAAUCUAUAGGUCUUUUUUAUACGCACUAGAAAAGAGUGAGAUAUCGUGGUAGGAGGAGGUGGCGCCCCCUAUAAGAGCGUUUGCCCCGUGUGACCGCGACUCUGUACGGAGUAGCCACGAGGCCCGCAGUCCUCUCCCGCCCUUGCCCUCGCCCCGGGCCCAGCAGCGCGCCAUGCCCGUGCGCCUCGCCCCGGCAGCGGCGCUGGCCGCCCUCAUCUUCAUCAUCAACACCCACGAGGCGAAUGCAGAAUGCAAGAACUGUAUCGCGCUGGACAAGGAGGGGCGGUCGUUGCUGCGCGCGCAGUGGGAGGCUUGCGGCGCGGGCGCGGUGGGCGCGCAGGACGGCGCCGAACUCAAGCGGCGCGCCUACUGCGCCCUGCGCCGCUGCAAGCUGCUCGCCAAGGACGGCAAGCUGCGCAAGGCGGCGCUCAUCCACCUCGCACGCGGCUUGCCCGCCGACCAGGCCAAGAUACUGGAGCGCUGCAGCAAGCAGACGGGCGACACGCCCGAGGACCUCGCCUGGAACAUCUUCACGUGCGCCUUCGAGCACAAGUCGCUGCUCAACUUGCCGCCGCGCGCCGCCGACGCGCCCGGCGAGGACACUAGUCGCCUGACUGCUUAGCCGCUUAGCUCCUAAUUCUCGCGCAAUUUCACGCGACUGUUCCAUGUUUUAAGUAAACAGUUAUGUCAAUACAAUAAACUAGCUUUCACCAAUA